AUGGACGAAGAAAGUAACUCGGCCACUGCUUCAACCGUAGGCCGCAACCCACACUCAGACUCAGAACAAAAAGAAGUAGAAACUCAACCACAGCCGAAACCCGUCGCAAAUCCCAACGAUGAAUUUCCCGACGGCGGUCUCCAAGCUUGGCUUCAAGUUCUGGGAGGAUGGGUUGUCCUCGCUGCCAAUUGGGGACUGGUCAACACAUUCGGCGUAUAUCAGACGUACUACCAAACGGAAAUGCUGUCAUCGUACUCAGCUUCAAGUAUCUCAUGGAUAGGAUCUCUACAAGCCUGCCUCCUCUUUCUAGCAGGAUUAGCGGCUGGUCCCUUAUUCGACGGAGGCUACUUCAAAGCAACCCUGACGACCGGCUUAUUCAUGAUCGUCUUUGGCAUGUUCAUGACAUCCAUCAGCAAGACGUACUGGCAAGUCCUGUUGGCGCAGGGAAUCUGCAUCGGAAUAGGCAUGGGGUUGACAUUCCUACCAGCCGCGGCUAUCCAGGCGCAGUAUUUCCUCAAGCGUCGAGCUUUUGCAGUUGGUAUUGCUGGAACGGGCUCUCCAGUCGGCGGGAUCAUCUUUCCCAUUAUUUUCAGCAAACUUCACCCACAGGUAGGCUUCGGAUGGGCAACCCGCGUCAUCGCCUUCAUCCUGCUAGGUCUCUCUGUUAUACCCAUCGUCUUUAUGCGCCCUCGACUUCCUCCCCCGCCGCGCGUUCGAUCCAUCGUCGAUAACACCGCGUGGAAGGAUAUUUCGUUCAUGACUUUCACCGUCGGAGCGAUGUUGGUCUUCCUCGUCUUGUACACCGCAUUCUUCUACAUCCAGCUAUUCGACGAGUUGAAUCACCUAUCGAGCAAGAACUUUGCCCCGUACAUGGUAACGUUGCUAAACGUUGGUAGCGUGGUUGGUCGUCUGGCGCCCAUGUAUGUCGGUGACAAGCUUGGGGUUCUGAACAUGACCAUCUUGUGUACACUUGCUUCAGCCCUCUUGGCAUUUGGAUGGAUGGGUAUUGAUAGUCUUGGUGGCAUAGCUGUUUUUACGAUUCUGUAUGGAAUUACCUCUGGUGCCGUGGUGGUGGGUGCUCCGGUGGUGAUUAUGAAGUUGUCGCCGGAUAUGGCGCGCAUGGGCACCCGUCUUGGAAUGGCGUUUACGUUUUCUGCUGUGACGGUUCUGGUGGGAACGCCGAUUGCUGGAGCUAUUCUGGGAGACUUUUCGAGGACGCGGUGGUUGGCGACUAUUGGGUAUUCCGCUGGUGGUUUGGUCUUGGGGGGUGUGAUCAUGAUGGGGACUUGGGUUUCUGUGUUUAAACAAAGGGGGACUUGGAAGAUUUAG